ACAUGGCUGUGAUGUAUGUGGCACCCAUGAUGCAAUACGUCGAGUUCUACUCCCCCAAACACAAACAAACACCACCAGCAACAUGGGAUCUCUGGCUCCACAUGUCCAACAACGAACGCUGGACGACAUGGGCAUUCGCGUACGUCACCGACGUCGCGCCCGCACUCAUGAUCGGGGGCUACUGGCCAACCGACUUGGACGCACCGGCUCCUGAAGAUACGUUUGUAUUUGACAAGAUCUUUUGGAUGCCAACGGUUUCGACGGGUUUAGAUGUCAAGAAUGCCCUGCCAAAGGAGGGCGAGGAGUGAUUGAGGAUACGGAUCAGUGCAAAGGUUAUCAAGAAUGGGCGGUAUGAUGCUGAAGUGAUUGCAUUUUAUGGGGAUGGUGAUGUAGUGGCGUUGGGUAAUCAUGUUGCGCUGGUAUUGGAUGGGGAGAGGAACUGGGGGCGAAAGGCGAGGCCGUAGGGUGGCUCAAAUUCGACAGACACAUAUUCAUUGACGGAGGUUUUCCAGACUUACGAGACCUACCUAAGGACAAGAUCAGGUGCUUCAAUACACUGCCGGCUAAGAUAUUACACCU